AUGGUCUGCUUCCUAAUCCAGAUCCUUGGGAUUAUCUCUGGUGGCAUCGGCAUGAUACUGACCUGGAUAGUGACCCUUAUGCCUCAGUGGAGGUUGGUCGUCUUGGCUGAAAACAACGGGCUGGUGACGGAAGGUGGCCGCAUUGAUGGAGAAUGGAUCAGUCGGUGGGAUGGCCUGUGGGUCACUUGCGUUAACCAAAUGAGGAACUCUUUAGAAUGCAACAACUACAUUUCCAUGGUGUCCCUCACGACCGACCUCAAGGCUGGAAGGGUCUUCAUGAGCUUUGGCAUUGCCUUGACCGUCCUGGCCUUCAUAUUUUCCGUUAUUGGCAUCCUGUUGUCCCGAUGUUGCGAUGAAGACCGGCGUGAAAGGCAUUGUCUCACCCUCACCUCUGGCAUCUUGUAUCUAUUGAGUGCCGCUCUCAUACUUAUUCCAGUGAUCUGGGCUACAACCAACAUUGUGCGACAAGCCUAUGAUGCUUCUUUAACCCGGGGGGUGGUGAGGGUACAGAUGGGGGAAGCCCUCAUGUUGGCCUGGCCUACCGUCGUGUUUGUCCUCAUCGGAGGGAUAAUAUUGUGUUGGAAUUGCUCUUGUAAGGGAAUGGGAAGUUGCUGUGGCUAUAAGCCACCCCACAACCAAGAGAUGGUCUACAAACCCUGCCAGCCAGAUGAACGAUCGAGCUGUUCCCCCAGAAUCCAGUACAUAUAA